AUGUCCGAAGCUAAGACCGGCCCCGUUGUGGCCGAGGCGCACGAGGUUGACACCUUCCACAUCCCAGAGGCUUUCCACAAGAAGCACCCGAGCAAAACCCACCUCGACAGCCUUGACCACUACAAGCAGCUGUACAAGGAGUCGAUCGAGAAGCCGCACAAGUUCUGGGGCGAGCGCGCACGCGAGCUCCUGACCUGGGAGCGCGACUUCCAGACCGUCCACUCCGGCAGCUUCGCCAACGGCGACAACGCCUGGUUCCUCGAGGGCCGCCUCAAUGCCUCGUACAACUGCGUUGACCGCCACGCCAUCGCGAACCCCGACAAGCCUGCCAUCAUCUACGAGGCCGACGAGUACAAUGAGGGCCGUACCAUCACCUACGGCGAGCUGUUGCGCGAGGUCUCGAAGCUGGCCUACGUGCUGAAGCAGAUGGGUGUCAAGAAGGGCGACACCGUUGCGCUGUACCUGCCCAUGAUUCCCGAGGCCGUCAUCUCCUUCCUCGCCUGCUCGCGUAUUGGUGCCGUUCACUCGGUCAUCUUCGCCGGCUUCUCCUCCGACUCGCUACGCGACCGCAUCGUCGACGCCAAGUCCAAGGUUGUCAUCACCACAGACGAGGGCAGGCGUGGCGGCAAGGUCAUUGGCACCAAGAAGAUCGUGGACGAGGCGCUCAAGCAGUGCCCCGACGUCUCGCACUGCUUGGUGUACAAGCGCACCGGCUCCGAGGUGCCGUGGACCCAGGGCCGUGACUGGUGGUGGCACGAGGAGGUCGAGAAGUACCCGGCCUACAUUGCUCCCGAGUCCAUGUCGUCGGAGGACCCGCUCUUCCUUCUCUACACCAGCGGUUCGACUGGCAAGCCCAAGGGUGUCAUGCACACCACCGCUGGCUACCUGCUCGGCGCCGCGAUGACGGGCAAGUACGUCUUCGACAUUCACCCCAGCGACAUCUUCUUCUGCGGUGGUGAUGUUGGUUGGAUUACUGGUCACACUUAUGUCGUGUACGCGCCUCUGCUGCUUGGAGUCGCGACGGUUGUGUUCGAGGGUACACCUGCUUACCCCGACUUCUCUCGCUACUGGGAUGUUGUUGAGAAGCACGGCGUUACUCAGUUCUACGUUGCGCCGACGGCGCUGAGACUGCUGAAGCGCGCCGGAGACCACCACGUGAAGCACAAGAUGAAGAACCUGAGAGUGCUGGGUUCCGUCGGUGAGCCCAUCGCGGCCGAGGUGUGGAAGUGGUACUUCGAGGUCGUCGGUAAGGAGGAGUCGCACAUCGUCGAUACGUACUGGCAGACGGAGACCGGCUCCCACGUCAUUACCCCUCUGGGUGGUAUCACUCCCACCAAGCCCGGCAGUGCUUCCCUCCCCUUCUUCGGUAUCGAGCCCGCCAUCAUCGACCCUGUGUCCGGCGAGGAGAUCCACGGCAACGAUGUCGAGGGUGUUUUGGCAUUCAAGCAGCCGUGGCCCAGCAUGGCGAGGACCGUGUGGGGCGCGCACAAGCGCUACAUGGACACUUACCUCAAUGUGUACAAGGGUUACUACUUCACGGGUGACGGUGCGGGCCGUGACCACGAGGGCUAUUAUUGGAUCCGUGGCCGUGUCGACGAUGUCGUCAACGUGUCGGGCCACCGUCUCUCAACUGCCGAGAUUGAGGCAGCUCUCAUCGAGCACCACGCUGUUGCCGAGGCCGCUGUCGUUGGUAUCCACGACGAGCUCACCGGCCAGGCGGUUAACGCCUUCGUUGCGCUCAAGGAGGGCAACGGUUCGACGGAACAGACCAAGAAGGACCUCAUUCUGCAGGUCCGGAAAUCGAUUGGUCCGUUCGCCGCGCCCAAGGCAGUCUUCGUUGUCUCAGAUCUCCCCAAGACGCGGUCCGGCAAGAUCAUGCGUCGCAUCUUGCGGAAGAUCCUGGCUGGCGAGGAGGACCAGCUUGGCGACACCUCAACGCUGUCCGACCCGUCGGUGGUUGAUAAGAUCAUUACCACGGUGCACGAAGCCAAGAAGAAAUGA